GUCUUGUUCAGGGGUCGGCUGUACUUUUCACCCGUUGGUGGAAGAAGGUAGGAUCUACGUAAAGAGUGUCUUACGCCUCUGGAAGUGCAGCUGAGGAAGUGGUGUGUGGACUGACUUCAGUCCUGACCGGGCCUCACCAUGUCCAUGGGGUCAGGGCCAGAGGGACCUUGGAGAUAACGUCACUGAACAAUAAACCGGGGUUCAGAAAGGGAAGAAAAAAAAGAUGUUGUAUUAGCUGACCUCAGGUUACCUUCCAGCAUAAAAACGCCAUGGGCUCUGUCAGAGGGAAGGACUUUCUAAAUUCAACAAGAUCUAUGAAUUCGAUUAUCAUCUGUAUGGCCAGAAUGUUACCAUGAUAAUGACUUCGGUUUCUGGACAUUUGCUGGCUCAUGAUUUCAAGAUGCAGUUUCGUAAAUGGCAGAGCUGCAAUCCCCUUGUCCUCUUUGAAGCAGAAAUUGAGAAGUAUUGCCCAGAGAACUUUGUGGACAUCAAGAGAACUCUGGAACGAGAGACUCGGCAGUGCCAGGCUCUGGUGAUCUGGACUGACUGUGACAGAGAAGGUGAAAACAUCGGGUUUGAGAUUAUCCACGUUUGCAAGGCUGUGAAGCCCAGUCUGCAGGUGUUGAGGGCCCGUUUCUCAGAGAUCACCCCCCGAGCCAUCAGGAUGGCCUGUGAACACCUGGCCGAGCCCGACCAGAGGGUGAGCGACGCUGUGGACGUGAGGCAAGAGCUGGACCUCCGGAUCGGAGCUGCCUUCACGAGGUUCCAGACCCUGAGGCUGCAGAAGAUUUUCCCCCAGGUGUUGGCAGAGCAGCUGAUCAGCUACGGCAGCUGCCAGUUUCCCACACUGGGCUUUGUGGUGGAGAGGUUCAAGGCCAUCCAGGCCUUCGUGCCCGAAGUCUUCCACAGAAUUAAAGUGACUCAUGACCACAGAGAUGGCACUGUAGAGUUCAAUUGGAAAAGGCAUCGUCUCUUUAACCACACGGCUUGUCUCGUCCUCUAUCAGCUGUGCAUGGAGGACCCCAUGGCAACUGUGGUGGAGGUCAGUUCUAAGGCAAAGAGCAAGUGGAGGCCUCAAGCUUUGGACACUGUGGAGCUCGAGAAGCUGGCCUCCCGGAAGCUGAGAAUAAAUGCUAAGGAAACCAUGAGGAUUGCCGAGAAGCUCUACACUCAGGGGUACAUCAGCUAUCCCAGAACUGAAACAAACAUUUUCCCCAGAGACUUGAACCUGACAGCACUGGUGGAACAGCAGACCGCGGAUCCAGGCUGGGGGCCCUUCGCCCAGAGCAUUCUGGAGCGGGGCGGCCCCACCCCCCGCAACGGGAGCAAGUCGGACCAGGCUCACCCUCCCAUCCACCCCACCAAAUACACGAGCAGCUUGCAGGGAGAUGAACAGCGACUGUACGAAUUUAUUGUUCGCCACUUCCUAGCUUGCUGCUCCCAGGAUGCCCAAGGGCAGGAGACUACCGUGGAGAUUGACAUCUCUCAGGAACGCUUCGUGGCCCAUGGUCUCGUUAUUUUGGCCCGAAACUAUCUAGAUGUGUACCCGUAUGAUCGCUGGAGUGACAAGACCCUCCCGGUCUACGAGAGAGGCUCUCACUUUCAGCCCAGCACUGUGGAGAUGGUGGACGGGGAGACCAGCCCGCCGCAGCUGCUCACUGAAGCCGACCUCAUUGCCCUCAUGGAGAAGCACGGCAUUGGUACUGAUGCUACUCAUGCCGAGCACAUCGAGACCAUCAAAGCCCGGAUGUACGUGGGGCUCACCCCAGACAAGCGGUUCCUUCCUGGGCACCUGGGCAUGGGGCUUGUGGAAGGCUAUGACUCCAUGGGCCACGCGAUGUCCAAGCCGGACCUCCGCGCCGAGCUGGAAGCCAACCUGAAGCUCAUCUGUGAGGGAAAGAAGGAGAAGUCUGUGGUUCUCAGGCAGCAGAUCCAGAAGUACAAGCAGGUGUUCGUCGAGGCAGUGGCCAAAGCUAAGAAGCUGGACGAGGCCUUGUCCCAAUAUUUUGGGGAAGGCACAGCGUUGCCCCAGCAAGAAGCCAUCUACCCGCCUGUGUCAGAUCCCAUCAGGAAGUGCCCACAGUGCAACAAGGACAUGGUGCUCAAGACCAAGAAGAGUGGCGGGUUCUACCUCAGCUGCAUGGGGUUCCCGGAAUGUCGAUCCGCUGUGUGGCUGCCCGACUCCGUGCUGGAGGCCAGCAGGGACGAGAGCGUGUGUCCAGUGUGUCAGCCACACCCUGUUCACAGGUUGAAGUUGAAGUUUAAACGUGGUAGCCUCCCCCCAGCCAUGCCUCUGGAAUUCAUCGGCUGCAUUGGUGGAUGUGAUGAGACCCUGAGGGAGAUCUUGAACCUGCGGUUUUCCCAGGGCCCCCCCCGAGCGGGCCCCCCAGCCAACCAGCCCUCGGGCUACCUGCAAGCCAGCCAGUCCCUAAACAGGAUGGACAGCAGCCAGCAGAGCCACCCCCAGCCCCUCGACACCAGGCCGACCAGGCCCUUGACAGCUCUGGCCCGGAACCCGCCACCACCCACCGCUGCUGGGGAGGGCAACUCUGUGACCUGCAACUGUGGCCAGGAGGCUGUGCUGCUCACUGUGCGCAAGGAGGGGCCCAACCAGGGCCGGCAGUUCUAUAAGUGCCCUGGUGGCAGCUGCAGCUUCUUCCUGUGGGCCAGCAGCAGCCGUCCGGAGGCGGGGGCUCCUUCCUCCGCAUCCAGACACCCGGGGGGGCGGCGCCCGCCAGGCUCUGGGGACCACCCAGGCGGGUCUGGUAGCCCUGGUGACAACGCUGGUGGUGGCACUUCCUGCCUGUGCAGUCAGGCCGCCGUCACGCGGACUGUGCAGAAGGACGGGCCCAACCAGGGCCGCCAGUUCCACACCUGUGCCAGGCCAAGGGAGCAGCAGUGCGGUUUCUUUCAGUGGGCGGACGAGAACGUGGCCCCAGGGACUUUGGGAGCCGCACCCUGGCCAGGAGGCAGAGGGAACACCCACGGACCGGAGUCCAGAAGCAAGAGAGCACGAGCCAAUUCCUCAGACCCGGCGUCCACGGCCAAGAAGCCGCGGAAAUGCAGCCUCUGCCACCAGACUGGACACACCCGUCCCUUCUGUCCUCAGAACAGAUGAGGGUGGGGUAGGGCAGGGGCCCCUUCCGCACACCUGCCCUUUGUCUCAGGGAAUUGUUGACCCCGGACCAGAACCUUCACUGUCCUGGAGGUGUGGGGAAGGGGUUUCUCUGAGUCUGGCCGGCCUGUGUUCCGGCCUAGAGUCCAGACUGCCCUUCCACGGAGUCACCUUGGUGGACAGAGGCCCUCAGUCUGGGGCUUGGGAAUGACCAUGGCACUGCUGAGAAUCACAGAAGCUGCUCCCUGGGGCCAGGGACUGUGUGGAGAAGCUGGGGGCUGGAGCCUGGAGCGUUGGGGGUGGUGCCUUCUGCAGCUGUGGCCUCCAGGGCAUCCUCCUCGAGACCAGCACCCCCACAGGCUCUGGCAGCCAGGAAGGGGCUCCUGUCCACAGACACCCUGAGAGGGGGGAGGGCAUGAUGCAAGGAAGUGGCUCGCUCUAAAAUAGUGUCUACAGAAGAUUUAUUCAUCUUCAUCUAGAAGCCACAGUGGCCAGGACACACCCUGCUCGUUUGCCUUAAUAAAGAUGUU